CCCGAUCUCAUGUUGACGUCCUGGCUCGAUUCACGUUUCUUGUCUUUUUUUUUUAUCUGAGAUGUGACAGCAGUCGAUCGAUUCUUUGCCAUCUCCCAAGUCUUGGCUUGCAAGCAUCUCCAUCCAACCCAUCUUUAUUGAGCUUGAACCUCGACCUUGCACAACAAGAGAAAAAAAAUUAGUUUGACAGGGAAAAAAACCGCCAACAAUGUCGUCUCGAGCCGAGGAAAGCAACACGGAGUGGUUGAUGGGCGUCAUGUGCACGUUUUACGCCCUCGCUAUCUUCAGUGUCUGCCUGCGCAUGUACACGCGCUUCGUGGUGGUCAAGUCGCCAGGCCUCGACGACUACUUCAUGUUGGCGGCGGCGGCGUGCGCGACCGUCGGCAUGGCCACGCACGGCAUCCAGGCCCAGAACGGGAUGGGCAAGCACUCCGAGUUCAUCACGCCGGCCAUGCGCAUGCAGUACGGAAAGUUUGGCUUCUUCCAGAGCAUCAUCAACAACACGGGCGGCAUCUCGGUCCUCAAGGUCUCCAUCGCCCUGUCGCUGCUCAAGCUGGGUGGGGGACACAGGGCCUACACAAACACCCUCUACGGGUUUCUUGCCCUGACGGCCGCCAUCACCAUCUAUGCCUGGGGUACCCUCAUCUUCUACUGUGACCCCGUCCACGGCUACUGGGACAAGAGCGUCAAUCCAAAGUGCUACGACAUCAAGCUCUUUGUCAUGUUUGGACUAAUCCACAACGCCGUCAACAUAUUUACCGACGUGGCGUUUGCGGCGCUGCCCAUCCCCAUCAUCUGGAUGCUGCAGAUGAAGAGGAAGACCAAGAUCUAUCUUUGCAUUGUACUGAGCCUGGGUUUGAUUGCCGUCGUCAUGGGAGUCCUCAAGGCCACAUACCAGAUCAAACACGGCGGUGACCGCGACAGUCCGUUUAUGCACGGCGUACAGUUCUGGGCCUUCCUUCAACUCAACACGGGCAUCAUAGCCGCCUGCGCGCCGACCCUCAAGCCCCUCCUCGGCCGCGCCCUCCACCUGGGCAGCACCGCCAAGCCCCGAAGCUACGGCAACAGCAGCGGCGCCAUGUACUUUGACAGCAAGGGCAACAACAGGUCCCGGUCCAAGAGGGGCUACAUCAACCAGACCGACAACGACGACGUCGACAUCGAGCUGAGCCGCACGAGCAGGCAGAUACUUGGCGGAGGCGUCGGUUCGUUCCAUGCCGGUGCCGUGGGCGGUGCCGAGGCUCUGAGACAGCAGCAGCAGCAGCAGCAGCUACAACCGUCGGCUUCCAAGGGGACGGAUUCGCAGAGUGAGGAGUUUAUCCUGCAGGGAACCGCGGAAGGAGGCAUUUUGAGGACGACCGAGAUUUCCAUACAGCGUUGA